AUCUGUUUCUGUUUCGUUGCCUAAACGUAACAAACUGCGACAGAAAGCACGUUACAACGUAAAAUAAAAUACAAACGGAAAGUCGUUGUCUUCUGGGUUCACACGGGACCCGAACCCGCGACCUCCGCGUUCAAGUCCUGCCGCGGUGUGUUCUGGGAGAUCAGCCAUUACUGUUGGCGGUUGUUUGUUGUCGUGCAGCUCGUCCCUUCUUCACCGUGUUUGUUUUCUUAGUUUUUAACUCCACUGGCUCACUUUCCGUCUGUGAAACAGCCAUGGGGGGCAGAAACUGCUGCGUUCCAAGCUGCCGCCGCAAAUCUCAUGACCACCGCAGGAGGAAAAUCCCGAACGGACUCACUUUCCACUGUUUCCCCGCCUGGAGGAGGAACGAAGGAGAGCAGAUAUCCGAGCUGACGAUGAGGAGGAGGGCCGCCUGGGUGGCUGCCGUCGGCCGCGGCGACAUCACCUUCAACCACAUCCCCACAUCCAUGAGAGUGUGCUCCCGACACUUUCACUCAGGUAAACCGGCGUAUGAAAUGCUGGAGUCUGAUCCGGACUGGAUUCCAUCGCUGCACCUGGGUCCCAGGGACGGAACCAGCAGACGCACCGAGCACCUUUCUGAGCAGCGAGACAGAGACCAGAAACAACGACUGACGCCAGAGACGGGACCUUCGCCUGUGUGCAGAACCGCUCAGAGAGAACCAGAGGGAGGUAUUCCUGCGUAUGAAAUGCUGGAGUCCAGUUCGGACUGGGUUCCAUCACUGCAGCUGGGUCCCAGUGAAGGAACCAGCAGACCCGCAGAGUGUCUCCUCCUGUCUGAGCAGCGAGACAGAGACCAGAAACAACGACUGACGCCAGAGACGGGACCUUCGCCUGUGUGCAGAACCGCUCAGAGAGAACCAGAGGGAGGUCCCGUGAGGACGGCGGUCCGUCCCUGGAGAGAAGUCAAAUCUCUGCUGCAGUCGGUCCUGCUGCCCCGAGACGAGACAGGCGAACAACCUCCUGCUGCGAAGAAGAUGGACCUCAGCUUCAGAGACUUCUUCAGAGAUGCUCUGGAGGCUUCUCUGGAGGCCUGCAGCAGAUCCGGGACCCCUUCAGCCCGACAGACCUCCGUCUCCGGGGACUAUGAAGUGGAGCUGAACUUUAAACUUCCACUUGUGAAGGAGGAGAAUCAGACGUGUGACGUCUCCUCCUCCUCCGGCUGUCUGAACUGUGUCAGCCUGCAGAGGACGAUCGUGGAGCUGCAGGAGAAGCUGUCACGUCUGACAGGAGAACAGGAGGAAGUGGAGGCUCUGCUCCAACCAGACCAGGUCCUGCAGAGUCCUGAGACAGGCCACACAGAAGAGACAGAGACUGCAUAUUUCCUUGAGUGUGACCAGGCUGAGUCUCCUGCUUUUGUGCCGGAUGAACGUGGAAGUGAAGAUUCCCUUGAGUGUGACCAGGUUGAGUCUCCUGCUGCUGUUGUCACAGACGAAUUUGAAAAUGAAGGAGAAGGAGUUGAGGAGGAUUAUUCAUCUGUUGGGGGAAGUCCAAGAAGGUCAUGGAAGAAAGGAGAUCCAGAGACCUGGGACGAGAACGUCCAGAAAGGGAGAAGAAUGAUGAAGAAUCAAGAGCCUGGGUUGAAUCAAAUGGGGAUGCGAUGCCAGUCUGCGGCCUGCCAAAAGUCCAUUAAACUGUGCUGCAAUGACAUCGAGGACUCAAAGAGGGAGGAGAUCUUCAAGUAUUUCUGGGGGAAAUUAGACUGGAAAGAGAGGAAAACGUUUGUUAAGUCUUUGGUGCAGGUGAGCAGUGUAAAGCGGCGGCGCACAGGAGCAGAAGAAUCCAGGAGGUCGGCAUCCAAUUCUUGUCACCUUGUAGUGGACGGGAGAAAAAUCAGAGUGUGCCAAAGCAUGUUCCUGUCAACAUUAGGCAUAAACCAGUGGUGUUUUUUAAAGUGGGUAGGAAGAAGAGGAAAGAAUCCUGAAAGGGCGUGUGAGAGAGCGACUGUGAGGUCAGAACAGCAUGACUUCCUUAAGACCUUCCUUCUAGACCUCCCAAAGGUUUCAUCACACCCCUGUAUGUCCUCUUCAUCAAAGAUGUACCUGGAGCCUGUGUUCAAGUCCAUCAGGCGCCUCCACACGGACUAUAAGCGCUGUUGUGCCCAACACGGAAUCCAGUCUCUGUCACGACAAGUUUUCACCAACAUCUUCAACGACUUAAAUCUUUCUCUCUUUCGCCAAAAGAAAGGCGACGUGUUGCUGGAAACUUAAGGCUAGAAACAUUGAAGCUGCCACACAGCACGGGCUGUGAAGCAGAAGGACAAAGAAGAGGCAGGUGAGAAGACCUUGGUGGCAUGCAUGGAUCUGCAGGAGCUCCUGCUCCGCCCCGCGCUGCAAGCCCCCGCCGUCUAUUACCAGACUAAGCUCAGUGUUCAUAACCUCACCAUCUUUGACAUGGCAUCACAUGAUGCAACACAUUACCUGUGGCAUGAGGGUGAAGCUGACCUCCCUGCCGACGAGUUUGCUUUAUGCAUCGUGCACUGCGGCUACCAGAACCGAAACCCGCUCCUGAGGAACGACCUCCUCAAGGAAAAGCAGAAGAUAGUGACGCAGAAGUAUCUGAAGUGAGGUCACACACAAACGGAGUUGAUUCUGCGAUGGAGAGAGAGAGACGUCGGUGUUCCGGCUGAGUAUGCCUUUACAGCAACGAUGGAAAACCCCAGAAAUGCCCAUUUUGAUUCGACACACUGAUUUGUUACCGGAUGGCGCCACAGUUAAACGGACUGCCUGUAAAAUGCCAGGAGAGCAAGGGAGAGGAGCGGUGACAAAAUCGACCGAAGCAACACGCUCUUUGAUAGUCAGGAAAAAAACAACAAGUGAGGUAGUUAAAUCCCUUGCAUACUGUUCUUUAUCCGUGACCUUUUGCCAGUCCUCACCUUCGGAUCACCUUUCCUCAUUCGCCGUGCAAAGCCGGUAAAACAUUCACAACCCAGCAGCAAAAACCCAGACUGGAUUCUUUGACUGACUAGACUCUGUGCGUUAUCAAACUCUUUUUCUUUACUGACGUCUUGUUUUGUGCCUGAGAAACUGAACCAGCAUUAUUUUCACUCGCUGUCAGCACUGGACUGGAUUUAUGUUUUAAUGUUUUAUGAAAUGAACUGUAACUAAUUUGUAUUUUUGAGAUUGUUUGUUUGUUUAAGCGUGCAGAAAACCCGAAGUGAAAUUUUGAGUUGGCUUGUGUCUUUACUUUGUGAUUACGUGAAAUCUUUCAAUAAACCAAUUUUUUGUUUUGCGCUAA